UAUACUGCGUCUUGCACGGGCCAAGCAACACAACAAGGAAAGCUAUGAACAACUCGCAAAAGUCCUGUCUCAAGAGUAUCUGGUUUAUUCCACACUCCUGCAUCCCACCAUGUGCCAGAACGCAAUAUUAUUCAGACUCUUUGCAAGCGGGAACGGGUCCAAAUUCCGCCAACAGGGGUACAUCAUGGAUACAGACACUGCAUCCAUGCACAGCGCCCACUGUUGUGUUGGCGGAGGCGAGUCGAUGUGACAUCGCCCCCUAGUCCGAAGACAUUUGUUCCAAAUCUUCAUUUUCAUCUUCAUUUCAGUACAUGGCAACAUGCCAAACUUGGCCCAUGACGCCAUGGGGUGCAGAGUGUGUUCAGUUUUGUCCAGGUAGGAUGGCCACCUUGAACAACUCAAGGGACUUUAGGGAGGUGAUGGACUGGGGGAGUUGAUUCCAAUCAACUACGGUCCGGGGGAAGAGAGAGUUUUGGUACUUGGGUAGUUCUGGUCUCAAGCCGCUGGUUCGCAUCCUGGUUGAAGUGGCGACUGGAGUGGUCAGCUGUUCUUUUGUUAUUAGCUGGAUGGUGACAGGAAAACUUCCGGUGUGGAUUUGAUGAAAGUGGAAACUUUGACGUGUUUGCCGGGUGAUUUUGAUUGUGGGCAUUCUGUCUGCAUCGACGGCGCCUGGCAGUGUGACUAUACAACUGACUGUCGUGGAAGUGUUGAUCAAAGCAAUUGUGCCCGGGAUCGCUUUGUUUACAUCAAGGAAACUGCAUCAGCACGACUGGUUUCUCCGAAUUAUCCUAGCUCUUAUCCAGACAACAGAGACAGAACAUGGAUCAUCCAAGCAGAGGAAGGUCGGAAGAUUCGUAUCAGUUUCUCUAGUUUUGACACGGAGUAUCGGCACGAUUAUGUCCAGGCUGGUGAUGGCAACGUAAGUGCAGUCAACAUGUUCUUUGAAUGGAGCUGGACGAGGCCACCCCCUGAUCUGGUGUCUAGUGGAAACUCCAUGUGGUUGAAAUUCCGGUCAGAUGGAAGCUACAGACGACGUGGAUUCUUGCUAUCGGCUCUCAGCGUUCCUGUCACUGAAACACUGAACUGUUCUCCUUUUGAGUUUGACUGCGGACAUUCAGUCUGUAUAAGUGGGGCCUGGCAGUGCGACUCCAUACUUGACUGCUUUGACGGAGGGGACGAACGUAAUUGUGGAGAAGACGAUGAUAUUUACCUCCGUUCUAACGAGACAGCCGAAAUCAUCCUACCAACCUAUCCCAGCAACUACCCCAAAAACAUUGAUCGUACGUGGCUGAUCGAAACGGAAGAAAAUCGACGAAUUACCGUCACUUUCCCGGACUAUGUGACGGUUUCUGGAGAAUACGUAUUCAGGGCUGGUGACGGUAAUGGUACUGCAAACACCGAAAGUGUCUUCUUGGAGUGGACCAGGUAUUCCACACCUCCGCCCCUUCUCUCAGCUGGGAGUGCGAUGUGGCUGAGGUUCGAGCCAGCUGGCAAAGGAACACUAGUAUUUGCAUUCCCUCUUUUGAUUAAAAGUGUCCCAUUUUCAGCUACUCUAACGUGUUCUCUGGGUGAGUUUGACUGUGGCCAUUCUGUCUGCAUCAGUGGGGCCUGGCAGUGUGACACUCUGUCAGACUGUUUGGAUGGAAGGGAUGAACUCCAUUGUGAUGAACCCCGAUUUAUAUUCAUCCGUGAAAAUGAAACCACCCAGCUGGUCUCACCUGGUUACCCUGGCAACUAUCCCACUAACGUUGACAUUGUGUGGAUCCUUCAAACGGAAGAAGACCGCAAGAUAUACAUUACUUUUCAACGUUUUGAAACGCAAAUUCACAGAGACUUUUUGCGUGCGGGUGAUGGUAACAUGACAACUAACGCGUUCUUCGAGUGGGAUAGUUAUUACAAUAUACCUCCCGAUCUCCUGUCCAAUGGAAACACCAUGUGGUUGAGAUUUACAUCGGGCAGUUAUUACUAUGCAAGACGUGGAUUUUCUCUAACGGCUACCAGUGUACCAUCUAGAGAUACUUUGAAGUGUUCUCCUGGAGAGUUAGACUGUGGCCAUUCUGUCUGUAUAAGGAGUGCCUGGCAGUGUGACGGGUAUACCGAUUGUCUAAACAGAAUAGAUGAACAAAACUGUGAUGCCGACCGUGCAGUUUACAUCGGGGAAACUGAAACGGCCCUGCUAGCCUCGGCGCGUUUUCCAACUUACUACUAUCUCAGUAACAGAGACACAACUUGGAUCAUCCAAACAGAAGAAGAUCGAAGGAUUCGUUUGAGUUUCAACUCCUUAUUCCGGACGGAGUACCGGUACGACGUCGUCCGUGCUGGUGAUGGCAACAGUACUUCAAACAACAUCUUCUUUGAGUGGAGCUGGGUAAAGGUCCCACCUGAUAUCAUCUCCAAUGGGAACACGAUGUGGCUUACCUUUGUGACUGAUGGAAGUACUACAUUUACUGGGUUUUCCUUACAUGCUGUCAGCGUUCCAUCAAAUGAAACUUUAACAUGCCUUCCAGAUGAGUUUGAUUGUGGACAUUCUGUUUGCAUCAGGGGUGAUUGGCGGUGUGACUAUGUGGCGGAUUGUCUCGACGGGAGUGAUGAACUCAAUUGUGGAAAGAUCAACAUCAGUGACACUGAAAGUGUAUUGAUAUCAUCUCCACGUCUAAGUUAUACGCCAAGAAAUUUCUACAUGACCUUGGUAAUUACAACCAAGAAGGACCAGAAUAUAAUCAUCACCUUCACCUCUUUUCAAACUGUGUUGGAGGAUGGAAGAUUUCGGGCUGGGGAUGGUUCGGAUAAUACAAAUGAAACAGGCAUAUUUUUCAGUUGGAGUGGAAAUAGACCUCCUCCAGAUCUUCUCUCCGAUGGAAAUACAAUGUGGCUGAGCUUCGAAACAGGAAAAAGAUCUAUCUCGCAAUACUUUCAAUUACGGGCGAACACUGUAUCACCAAAUGAAAGCAUAACCUGUUCUUCCAGCGAGUUUCAUUGUGGGCAUUCUGUUUGCAUCAGUGCCAGCUGGUUAUGUGACGGCGUGUCUGACUGCGUCGAUGGAGUCGACGAACGCACCUGUGAAACCUGUGUGGGUCGUUGUUUUCUGGAUGGUCCUCGACGAGGUGAAUGUUGGUGCGACGAUUCGUGCAUCGACUUUGACGACUGUUGCCCAGAUUUCCUAUCUAUUUGCAAAGGCAUCGGCAACAUGGACUCGAGCACCGUACAACCAGGGAAUGUCGAUGAGUGUGAUCCUGAUUCGCCGUCACUCAACUGUGAUGUCAACGCCGUCUGCAUUGACAAUUCUAUGAACUACAUUUGCAGUUGUAUUCAUGGAUAUUCAGGGGAUGGUAUCUCAUGCACAGAUGUAGAAUCUCCUAACAUAUUGUGUCCAGCAAACCUGACCGUUUACACUGCCUGCAGUAAGACCUACUCCACAGCAACACUACCUGAUGCUGAUUUCAUCUCUGACAAUUCCGGAGUAGUCUCUGUGACUAUUCAUGUCGACGAUUCUACGUUUGAGGUUGACGAUGCUGUCACCUUGUUUUUAGCGGAUUCUCCUUACUUAGUGCGCUAUAACGCCACCGACGAGUCGUCUAAUUCUGCGGAAUGUGAAACUUACAUCAUGGUAGCCAAUGUCACAGAUGCAGCAUUUUGUGAAUCAACGGGCAACCCUCCAAACUGCAUCUGUCUUCCCGACCAGGCACCAGAUUGCACUUGCUCAUCUGGAUACUGUGGACACGAUUGUUCUCAGUCCUCGGAGGGAGUUGAGUGCACCGGUCCGGCUAUGCCAUAUCCAAACUGCACAGACAUUGAUGAAUGCGAUCCAGGCCACUCCGGUCCACGCUGUGAUGCUGAUGGCAGUGCACUUCAGUGUCCCGAGGUUGGUAACGAGUGUCUUGACGAAGGAGUCUCGUCGGUGUCCAUAAGUUGGAGACUGUCUACAAGUUUAGAUCCAGUCGGAGCGGACAUCAGCUGCACAAACGUGGAAGAUGGGACAAGUGUGAAUACGACAGGUGGUGUGUUUGGAAUUGGCACACACCUCGUCAUCUGCUCCUCACUUAGCGGUGGCUCUGAAGAUUGCUUGAUUUCUUUCAGUGUUUCCGCAUAUCCGGAUCUCACAGUACCAGCAGUCGGUGAUCAGUGCACGGAUCCAGGCGUGGACACAGCUACAGUGACAUGGACCGAGGUUUAUGCCAUGGACGCUGGUGAAGUCACCAUUGAUUGCACAGAUUCUGGUGAUGGUGUUGGUGUCGGUCUUACAGGAGGCGUAUUCGGAGUAGGACCGCAUACCAUCACCUGCCGUGCUGUCAAUGCCGCAGGCUGUGAGACAUCCAGGAGCAUCACAUUCAAUAUCAUGAAGGGGAAUCUGAUUCCAUACGGCUCAGACGUUGGCGAUCGACGACUGUCAGACGAACCUCAGCUGCUACGAUUGCCUAAGAAGGACAAGAUUUCACGAACCAUUUAUCCGCCCAAUUUCUUUCCUUACUGCAACGGACUUUAUGAGAAGAUAUAUUUCACUGACAAUGGUGUAAUUGUUCUGUCCAACGAGCAACGUCUCGACAAAUUCGCAUUUCCGAGUUCCAGAGGCCGUUUCUUCAGAGGCACCGAGACUAUGAUUACUCCAUUUUGGGCCGAUGUCAGAGGCGAUGCAUUUACUGCUGCGAAAAAUGUUUUCUGGCAGAUUUACGACAAGUCUGACCUCGACACCAACCAAGAAAUAAUGGAUAUCAUCCGAGCUAACGUGUCAGCAAGCGACUUUCAGGCGAACUGGGCACUUGUCAUUACUUGGAGUAAUGUCCUAGCACGACCAAACAAGCCGUUUUCAUAUGAGACAAACACAUUCCAAGCUGUGCUGGCGACGGAUGGCAUCCAUAGCUUUGUGAUAUUCAAUUACGAUCCAUGUGGGAUGAACUGGGACUUCAGAUUUCUGAAUCCCAAUGUCAUCCUAGGUUUCACUUGUGGAGCCUCGGGUAAGCAUGUCUACGUGGACGUACCGGAACACUCGCUGUACCGUCCCGGUGACAUUGUCGGUAACACUGGGAUGAGAGGACGCUGGAUCUACCAACUUGACACCCUCCCAGAUGACUUCGUCAAUCCUCGUUUGUCCUGCCACAAUUGGUACGACCGUCAGAUACCUUAUCCUGAGUUUGCUCUCUACUAUCCUCCAUUUGCCGAUACCUGCCCGUGCAGUUUGGUAGCAGCAAAUUUUGACUGGCGAUUCACACAGGUUCCCUCCAAAAACCUGCCUCCGGCCUUGGGUUCAAGAUUUCCUGCUGUUUGCUUCGUUCGACUGUUCCAAUUUCCUGGGACGCCAGGCCCUCAGUGUUGCUACAACAUAUUCACCUGUGAUCUCCUGUAUUACGUCAGGAGUCCAAGAAUUGCUUCUGUCUUUGAGCGGUACCCAGUCAGCCCUGUAUACUACACGGAGAAUUUGUACCAGCAAUGGUUAGAGGAGGAGGUGCGGCCUCGAUAUUACUGCUGUCAACGAUCAGCACUUUGCCAUCUUUACAUAGAAUGGCGCCCUCUCAUGACAUGCUGGGCGUACGUUCCUCCUGCCUGGGUGUGGUUCUGGGGAGAUCCCCAUAUCGUUACACUUGAUGGACUGGAGUACACCUUCAAUGGUCUGGGUGAAUACACACUGGCACUCAUCGAGGAUGACGAUGGACAACGAGUCUUUGAACUGCAAGGUCGCACACGACAGGCCGUGGAUACAGAGACAGGGCAACUUAGCCAGGCCACUGUCUACUCUGGUUUCGCUGCGUUGUACACAGGAGAAGCAAGGAUUGAGAUCAAGUUGAGUGAUGAUGCCAUGGAUUUGGUAACGACUGUCAAUGGGACCGUUGUCACACCCACUGCUCAAGGCUUGCUGUUUGAAACUCUUCAGGUAAUGAGGGUGGAGAACCCAAUCAAAGUCAGCGUCAUGUAUUCUGAUCAUGUCACCUUUACCGUCGGUGUGAACAACAGUAUGGCCGACAUCACCGUCCUUCUGAACCAGGACUUCAAAGGCAAAACGAAAGGAAUUCUAGGUGUGUGGGAUGACGAUCCAAGCAAUGACGCUUUGACGCGUAAUGGCACUCUGCAGACGGGCUCUGGAGCUGAUGGAGAGCUGGUGGAGCGGGACUACUUCGAAUUUGGUGAAACAUGGCGAAUUUCGGAGGAAGACUCUCUGUUCUUCUACCAGUCUCCUAAUGAAAGCUACGGCUCCUUGAAUGACCCCAACUUCACUCCAGACUUCCUGCAAGAGUUGAUUGACAAGGCACCGCCGGGCAAAUACGAGGAGGCCAAGGCCGUCUGCGGGUCAAGCAAAACGUGUCUGUACGAUUCCUUGGCCCUGAACGAUACAAGCAUCGGCAUGGCUACCUUAAUGCUCAAUGAGAUGAACAGCAUUAAUAUGGCCAUGUCAAUGAACUUCCCGCCCAAUCUGACGCUGGUAGAGUCCAUUGAGGUUGUUGUAGGACAGGCCUUCACCUUGCAGUUAGAAGCAGUUGAUCCAGAUGGAGAUAAUGUCACAUACCACCUGCUUCAGAGCGUAGAAGGAGCUUCAAUUUCAUCUGAUGGCCUGUUCACAUGGACUCCUGCAAACAAGUCCAAGGUCUCGAUCGGUUUCCUAGCCACAGAUGGUAUAGCAAAUGCAACGCUUGAACCCAUUGUGCAGCUUUGUGGCUGUGAGAAUGACGGCACCUGCCUGUUUGAUCAGUACGUCAGUGGAACUAAUCUCGUGCAGGAUCGUUUUGGGGUGGUGUUGUGUGAGUGUCAGCCGGGUUGGACCGGUGAGUUUUGCGAAAUGGAUUACGACGCCUGCGCUGACAACCCUUGUUUCAUGGACGUGGCUUGUACUGAUGAGGCCCCGCCAUCGUACAACAGCACCUGCGGACCUUGCCCUGAAGGACUCGAGGGAGACGGCAAGAGCUGCCAAGAUAUUGAUGAGUGCGAGUUGUACAUCAACCAGACAGCUAGCAAUGGUGGACUUGGUUGCGAUCAAAACUGUGAGAACAUCCUGAUGAACUACACGUGCAGCUGCAAUCUUGGAUAUUUACUGCACGAGGAUGGCAGGCGAUGCAUCGAAGCACCUUCCACCGUGGUUCCAGUUUCCAGUGCAGCUUCAACAUCAACUUAUCAAUCAGAGACCUCCACUGCAGAGCCACCUUCAACCAUGAAUCUGAUGUCAACUGCAGCUUCAACAACUCGUUCGGCAACAUCUUCUGCAGAGCCACCUUCAACCGUGAAGUCAAUGUCAACUGCAGCUUCAACAACUCGUUCGGCAACAUCUUCUGCAGAUACCCCAUCGACAACCUCUCAUAGAUCGACUGCAACUUCAACAGUGACCUCGAAAACGACUUCUCAAGGAGCGCCAUCAACGACAGCUGCGAUGCUAAAUGCCGCUGCGACAACUCGUUUAUCGGAUACCUCUGCUGCAGGAGCGCCAUCAACGACAGCUGCGAUGCCAAAUGCCGCUGCGACAACUCGUUUAUCGGAUACCUCUGCUGCAGGAGCGCCAUUAACAACAGCUGCGAUGACAAAUGCGGCUUCGACAACUCAUCUAUCGGAUACCUCUGCUGCAGGCAUUCCUUCUACGACCCCUCGGAGAACAACUUCAACUUCAGCUGUGACUUCAAAAACGACCACUGCAGUUUUUCCCCCAGAGCAACCAAGCGCAACCGAGAAAAUGACCACUGCUAUGUCAAAAGCAGAGUCAACGACUGAGCGAAUCACAACAGCUCGUGGCACCUCAGCAGAACCUACAACUACAGACUGCCAGCCGUUAAUCUGUCUGAAUGGAGGGACAUUUGAUGCUGAGUCUUGCGAGUGUGUUUGCCCACUUACACAUUCAGGAGCAACAUGUUCUGUUGAGAAUCCAUGUCUUUCUGGUAAUAGAUGCCCUGGUGCUCAACACUACUGUUUGCCAGACUUGAACCAAGAUGGCUUCACUUGUGUUUGCAGUGUCUUUGAUGGGUUUUUCCCGCAAGACGAUGGUUCGUGUCGAAAACUUCCGUCUAAACAGAUUGUGCUGAUAGCUGUUUUGGAUUUCAAUCAGGCCUACCAAAAUCCGUCAUCAGCUGCAUUCCGGAGACUCGCUGCAGUGUUUGAACGGGCGAUUUUCAUGAGACUGAAGGAGAACCCAUCUACCAACAAUGUAUCUUCAGUUCACGUCCCGUUGAUGGAGGAAGGUAGUGUUGUCGUGAGGUCUGUGGCUUCAUUUGAAAACGGUGCGCCCUCAGACGCCAGCCUGCAGCAAGUCAUGUCUAGCAGUCCAUCACUGAGCGACGGCAACACAGUCAUCAACUUCGACCAGGAUGCCAUCACUGUAAAUGAUGGGGAAGUAGGAUGUGUACCGACCCACUGCAAGAAUGGUGGGACAUGUGAGGCGUCUGGAAACUUUCCUUAUGUGUCGUUUACGUGCAGUUGUCCAGCUUCAUAUACUGGGGAACGUUGUGAGAUAGAAGUCCAAGAGCCUGAUGGUGGCGGCCUAUCCACAGUCACUAUAGUACUUAUCAUCGUUGGCUGCAUUGUGCUGCUUACCGUUGUGAUAUGCAUGCUGGUCUGCUUGUGUCUCAUGAUGCAAAGUCAACAGGCCAAGUCGCUGGCUUACCGUCAGGGCAGACAGCAGUCUCGUGUGCCAAGAGAAAGCGGGAGCAUUCUUGAUAACUACGGUGAUCUGAGUACGGAGUCUGGUGAUUUCUCCCAUAUGGCAGAUUUCGAUGACGAAGGCGGUAGGAUGAGUCAUCUCAUGCACGUGAUGAACCGUUCUCCCUACCUGCAACAGAACUUGUCUGGUCGAGAGGAGUUUGUCCGACCCUACAUGGUUACUGGAAUGGAAGGGCCGUAUCAGUAUCGUGAGGAUCGUCCCGUUAACCCAGCAGGUCGUGUGGUGCGCAAUCCUAUGGUCAACUAGACAUCCCAUCCACUCACUGCACCUUUACUACAUUUUGCUAAACCUGAGUGUAACACAUAUUUCAAGUUACUUUUACUGAUAUCCAUUCGAUAACUUGAUAACAGGUCGCUAUUUUUCUAACUGGAAGAUUAACAUUACUGCAAGGAAUGAUUUAAUGGUGCGUGUUAAAAUUUCAAGAAACUUUCCUCUUUGUUUUGUUUAACUCUGACAACUCUGUCUUCUUCAGACAAGGUUUGCAUCUUUAGCUGAUAGUUGAAUCGGGACGCUUUUGUACCAGCAUACUGACCGAUCUUUUGAAUUGUUACCUUUGCGUAUGUUACUCAGAAAAAAAUUGUAAUCAACAAGCGUUAACGAAUAUUACGUUUAAAGUAAAUAUCGGUGGAUGGGUAUUGUAUC